AUCCCCCCUUCUUUUCUCUCCUCCGCUCCCUUUCCACUUCUUCACCACUCUUUUUUAGUCUACUUUGAAACGUUGAACGUCCUCACAAUCAUUCUGGAUUAACUCGGCUUGUCACAUUCACAAGGGUAAUAUCCACACAUACGACCUGAAAAGAAAGAAGAAAAAAGACCCCAAACACCCAACAAGCAACAAAAAAGGUCUGGACAAGUCGAGCGACCGGCCCACUCUGUAACCAGGUCGGAGGACCCAUCUCAUACAAACAGUCACAAUCAUGAUGGACCACCGAUCCAACCUCAUGACGCCGUCGCCGCAGGUCAAGUCCGAGGACUACCUGGGUGAGGACGACAUGAUGCCCCUGUUUGAUGACGGUGCGGACGACCACGCAUCGGUGGACCCGUCGAAUCUAUUGUCCACCCCGGGUGAACAUUUCCGGGCCAUGUCGCCCUCCGAUGCGGGGACUCCGGCACCCGAGGGUACACCAGAGACAUCCGACAAGAAGCCCACCAAGAAGAGAAAGUCAUGGGGCCAGGUCCUCCCAGAGCCUAAGACAAACCUGCCUCCCAGAAAACGGGCCAAGACAGAAGAUGAAAAGGAACAACGCCGAGUAGAGCGUGUUCUUCGAAACCGCCGGGCAGCCCAGUCAUCCCGUGAGAGGAAGAGGCUGGAGACGGAAGCCCUGGCCACCCGGAACAAACAACUCGAGGACGCCUUGCUCGCCCUCACCCAACAGUAUCAGGUGCUGGAGAAGGAGCUCAAGAAGGUUAAGCCUGAGCUGGGCGGCAUCUCGACGUCCAGUGACUCCCACGUCACCCUCUCCCAGCCGCUCUUCUCGUACCCGGCGCCGGCACCCAAGGUGGCCGAGGUCGAGCAGCCGGCGCAGCAGGACAUCUCCACGAUGUCACAGCCGACCCUUGACCUGAUCAACAGCCUCGUCAGGCAAGCCCAACAAGAGGCGGACGGAAACACCCCCAAGACCGUUAACCCGGCCACUAUCUCACCCGCCCUCGCACCAAUCGCCGAGGAGCCAGAGUCUGAACAGCCCGACGCUGUCACCCCCCUCGACUCGGCCGUGCCCCUUCCUCCUCCUUCUCAAGCCGCCAACGUCACGGAGGCUGUUGUCGCCGACUCCACCACCCUGUCAACGGCUGGUGGAAACGACGACGACACUUUCUUUGACGGCGGUCUCGGAGCUGCAGAGCCUGGCUCUGCAUUUUUCGACAACCUUCUUCACAUUCCUGACUUUGGCGAUAUCCCUUCGCCAGAGGCAAGCUCUAUUGAUUUCGAUUAUCAAGCUGGUGACCAACCAUCCGACCUCGACUUCACCACCACGUGGGACGAGUACAUGUCCAACCCUGCCGACAAUGACGACAGCUACGGGUUCCUGCAAGCCCCUGCGUCUCCGGCUCCUGCGGAAGCUUCUAACCAGCAACCGACAGCUGGCGCGUCCUCUUCUGGAUGCGACGCUCGAGGUAUUGCGGUCGAGGCAAAGUAGGAGACAAGACGGGGUCGGCGCGCAGGCAUUCGGGUGUCAGUCAACGAUCGCGGGAGACUUACCGUCUGACGAGCGUCUGAUGUCACUGGCUGCCGCUAUUCGACUUCUGGAGCGGAGGAUUGAGAUGAGGAUUAGCAAGAGCGGCUCCCUCACGUCGGGGAGUUUAGGAGGUAUUUCCAAGGCACGAAAAGGUGUUCGAUGGCGUCAACAGGCUCAGAGUGAAAAUUAAAAAUGAAACUUUGAAAUGUUAUAUGAUUCC